AGUUGGGGGGGGGGCGACAAAAAGAUUGCAAGCACAAACACUGAAUACACAUUUAGGCAUAUAAGUAUAUGAUUACAGCAUGUGUUUUGCAACUCAACAGCAUGAAAUAUUCCUGGUAAGUGGAUUCUAAUUAUCGAUAUUAUAUAACACUUGUCUAAAGGGUUUUCAAGACAUUAAUGGGAGUCGUCGGUUUAAGGUUUUAAGGUUUUGUUCCUCAAAACUAUCAGGCAGAUGUGCUUACCAGUCGUCAACCGUGCUGUCCACUUUUAAUUAAUUACAUAUAAUUAUUUGGAUGUUACUGUGCACCUCGUAUGACUUACAAAUAAACAGUUCAAACCCACUCCCCAACUUGAAACCUAAAAUUAUUUUAUUGGUUAUUACUGAGAACUUACAAAUUAACUGAUGGUUUAAAUGUCUUGGUUUUGAUAUAACAAAUGGAAAAAGCCUGCUGAUCUCUCAUAUACUGGAAUAUACACAUUGGAACAAACACUACGUCUUUCAAAGUGAGUUACACUGUGCAGCCAAACAAUCCUUGAAUAGAUCUCAAAAAGGGAGGAAUGUUGCGCUGCACAUCUUCCCGUCCCGAUGUUUUCACAGGAGAAUAAAAAAUGACCCACUUCAAAUUCAAUUUCUCCCAAAUGUCCCUAUGUUUAUGUCUUGCAUUUUCUCUAAUAUCCUGCGUUUGUUGGCGCCUUUCUAUCUACAAGCCAGGACAUUAGAAACCUUUGGCCAUCAACAUCUCUAUGACUUAGUGCUUCCUGUCAAGAUGAGGCCUGGCGGAUCAACAAUGCCUGGCAGGAAAAAAAAAGUGAUGACUGUUACUGUCAAGCCAGUACUUCUCAUUUUGAAUGUGUGUGUGUGUGUGUGCACGUCCUGUGAGACAGAGGGCAGCUUACCCACGUCAUCAUGUUGGACUGAGACUCAGUGCAUCAAAGAGCCUCCCAUAGAGAACAACCUGAACCAUUGUCCUCCUGGCGGGACUCCGCUUCAACAACACGCAUACAAGACUUGGAGGAGAGCUUCAGUCGGCUCUCCAUUGAGAAUGUCGCUCUCCGGCAGCAGAGGAGGAACCUGACAACACUACUCAACGUCACCCUGACCGAGAAGACCCGCAACGACUGGGACCUGUUGAGAAUUCGACGGUUGUCAAACAUCUCUGUCACGUUUAUUCAAGACCUGGACAAGAAACUGCAAGAGACAAAUCUUGAACUGGUGAUGUGCAGGAACCAGGCGCGUUUGCAACAAAACUGCCUACGACCUCAAUUGGCAACAGUGUCUCAGAUUGGAGGUUGUAACUGUAACCUGCAGAUGGAGCGUGUGACUUCAAAACUCGAACUUGUGGAAUCCAACUUUACGCAAACAAUACAGAAGAUGAGAAUGGACAUGGACCAGAUUACCAAAGACAGGGACAACUUUAACCUGGAAGCCAUCCGUCUAAGAAGAGAGAAGACCCUCCAUCUAAAGGAGAUUGAAUUUUGCAUACAAAGUAGCAAAGAAGACUUUGUUCAGUCCCUGAGUGGUCUCUCCAAUGUCUCAAGAGCUUUUCUACUGAAGAUUGAAUCUCUCUUCCCGGAGCACAUUGCCUUCCAGGUCACCUGUGAGAAACAGAGAGAGCACUUGGAGCAGAUCCGCACCAACUGCACCAGUUUGUCUAGAGCGGUGGAGGACCGGUUCCAGAGGUACCUGAAUAAUGUAGGCGAUAAGAUGUCUGAGAUCCAGUCUCAGAACAGCCGCUUGAAGGCUGAGAACCUGCGACGGUCUGAUGACUACCGUGUAUGCAGUCAAAACCGCUCUGGUCUAAUCAUAGAGCACAGACAAACCCUAGAGAAGCUUCAGAUGAAAUACGACAAGGACUAUGAGGGGCUUCUUUUGGAAAAAAGCAGGCUCAGCAGAGAUAUUGAAGUCCUGGAAAAGGACAUCAAUUACAAAAAUAAAGACAUACAAUACCUCACAGAGCAACUUCGGCAGCUCAACAUUUCCUGCAUUGCUAAGAUUGGACUUGGUGGUUUACCAGGAACUGGCAUGGGACAGUUAGGGAGGGGAGGUUCCUCAAAUUUUGGGUCAACGGCAUUAAAUCCAAGUCUUGGCUCAACUGGGUCAGGAUUAAAUAGGUUAGGAUCAACUGCGUUGGGCUCCUCAAAUUCUGGGUCAACUGCAUUAAAUCCAAGUCUUGGCUCAACUGGCUCAGGAUUAAAUAGGUUAGGGUCAACUGGGUUGGGCUCCUCAAAUCCAAGUUCAACUGGGUCGGGAUUAAACAAAUACGGAUCAACGGGGUUGGGCUCUAGUCUUGGUUCAGUUGGGUCAAGAUUAAACAAACCAGUCUCACCAGUGUCACGUUCCUCUGGUACUGGCUCAACUGGGCUUGGGUUAAACAAACCAGGCUCAACAUUGUUGGGUUCCUCAAGUGGAUUAAACAAACCAGGUUCAACAGGGUUGGGCUCCUCUGGUCUUGGCGCAGCUGGGUCAGGAAUAAAUAAACCAGUCUCAACAGCUUCAGGUUCCUAUGGUUUUGGCUCCACUGGGUCAGGAAUAAAUAAACCAGGCUCAACAGGUUUAGGUACCUCUGGUCUUGGCUCAGCUGGGUCAGGAAUAAAUAAACCAGGCUCAACUAUGUUAGGCUCCUCAAGUCUUGGCUCAAAUGGGACCGCAUUAACCAAACCAGGGUCAACGGGGUUGGGCUCUUCAAGCCUUGGGACAACUGGGUCAAGAUUAAAUCGAUUAGGAUCAACUGGUUUGGGAUCUUCAACUCUUGGCUCAAUUGGGUCAGCAUUAAACAAACCAGGUUCAACAGUGUUAGGUUCUUCUGGCCUUGGCUCAACUGGGUCAGGACUGAACAAACCAAGCUCAACAGGGUUAGGAUCCUCUGGUCUUGGUUCAACUGGGUCAGGAUUAAACAGCCAAGGAUCAACUGGUUUGGGCACUUCAAGUCUUAGCUCAACUGGAUCAAAUAAAUCAACAUCAAGUCUUAAAAGCUCUGGUCCUGGGUCAAGUGGGUCGUCUAGUUCUGUAUUUUCCUGGUUCGGGCUUGCGCCAAGCAACAGUAACACAGGACAAAGUAAACCAGGAAGUGGAACAGGAAGAGGAACAUCAAGUGGAUCUUCAGUUGGAACAGGACGGACUGGUGGUCUGGGAGGUGGAUCACUCAGCGUUGCUCAGCACCUUGAAGCUCUGCAACGUAUCAUCAACCCCUCCUAUUCCAAUGAAGAGCGACAAGAGCUGUCCAGAAUGAUGGGUUAGUCUAUCGCAAAGAAGACUGAAAACUGCAAUGGAUUUAUCAAUGCCAGCUCAUAAAAUUUACCAUGCUAUUCAUAAAUGUGCUUUAUAAUAUGCUCUCUUGAAGAUGCUGAAUACUAAAGUAUGCACAUUCAAAAGAAUAUACAAACUUAAGCACUUUUUUUUUUUACGCAGAAUGGGAAAUGUGUAUUUUAAUCACAUGUAUCUCGAAGUGUGUACAACCAUGAGAAGAAGCCUAUGUGGUAUUUUUAAACUUGUAAAUACAGAAGUCUUUGUUUAUUUGUGCCUCUCUCUUUUUAAUAAACAAAUGUACUUGAGAUAUUA